AUGGCCAUGCAGUCAAUCGACCUUGACCUCUAUCAAAUCGCCGUGAUCUUGCCCCUCAAAAGGGACUAUGAGACAGCUGCCAGAUGCCUCGACCAAGUCUUCCUCCGAUCCUCUCUUCAGUCCACCGGUGCAGAGUAUACCCUCGGUAGAGUAGGGCUUCACCAUGUCGUCCUAGUCACCGGGCUCGACAACACCAGUGCCGCAGAUUCUGUGGCAGUCGUGUAUCCCGAUUUGCUUGAAGCAUUUUCGUCCAUCCGGGUCGGCUUCUUGGUUGGAGUUGAUGCCAUCGCGCCGUAUGAUGGAUGCGCAAAGGCUGGUGAUGUUGUGGUCGGAUUACCUCAGAGUCAUGAAUCUGGAAUCGCGCACUGCGACCUUGGCAAGUCUCGGGAUCAAAAGCGCCUCUGCAUCACUGGCAAUUGGGGCAAGCCCCCCGGCUUCGUUCAAUCAGCCGUCGACCACACACUGUCAUACCGAUGCCUUCCUACAUGCAUCUUCGAGGCGUAUUUGGAUCAACCCGAUACUCUCAUUGACUACGAGGCCUUUUCUUAUGCUUGGGGGAACAACGAGAAAUCUGAAGCCGUCAUUGUUGAUAAACGAGUCCUGCCUGUCACCGAGAACCUGCAUAUGGCGCUUCAGCAUCUACGGCAAGAGGACAUAGACAGAAUACUCUGGGUGGAUGCCGUAUGCAUUGACCAAAGCAACGUCGCAGAGCGCGGUCACCAAGUCACAUACAUGGGUAGUAUCUAUGAGAGGGCAAACAAUGUCAUCGUCUGGCUAGGCUCAGCCAGUGAGGAUGCUGGCUUGCUGAUAUCAGCUCUCAACAUGCUCCAGCACCAAACCUCCUCGCAAGCUUUCCGGACAGCAAAACGCACAGAUGCUGACUGGAGGUAUGUAUGGGACAAGCUUCAGGAGAAGCCCUCUCCUAGUCAAAGGGUUCGUCACCUCAACUCUGGACUUCAAGAGUUGACUGGAAAGUCUUGGUUCACCAGGGUGUGGAUUUUGCAAGAAGUGGCGAAAGCGAGACGGGCACAAAUCCAUUGCACCGCAGGAAUCGUCGACACAAAACUCUUCGCCCUUGCACCAUGGCUUCUAAGAACCCACGUCCCGCCACAGUCUCAAGCCAUCCUCGACAUCAUGCCUGGCCCAUCGAGGCAAUCAUCGUGGUGGAGUAAGGAACGACCACUCCAGGAAUUGUUAUGGAAAUUCCGGGAAUGUGAGGCUACUGACCCCAGGGAUCGAGUCUAUGCUCUACUGGGGAUUUCUUCCAUUGCGGAUGAAUCGAUCAAGCCUGACUACAGCAAAAGCGAGCGUCAAGUCUUACGGGACGUGUGUGAUCACCUCUUCGGCGGCUUGGAAGCGCCCGUCGAUCUAUCCCUCAUCUACAGCAUUGCGCAGUUACAGACAGAGCUUGGCAUCUUGUCAGUAGCAGUCCUAGAACCAAGGACAGCGAGGUGGAUAUCGCCUGGUAAGCUUAGACGCUCCUUGAAUGGCCGAGGGCAUGUCAGAUGGGCCGAAGGGAUUCGAAAACUCGCUCGAGAGGGCCUGGGAAGAUCAUCUUUGGCUUUUCUCCUUACGAGGUUGGAUGAUUCGCCUAAUGUUGCUCCCAGACUUCUCCACGAAGGUGUCCCUCUAAGAAAGGAUACCUUGGCUACUCUGUUGGAUCCUAAACUUGAAACGGACUGGGGGGGCAUGGCGAGGACAAGCCUGAUUGCAAUCCGAGUUGGAAAAGACACUCUGCAUCUCCUAUUUGAACAUCACGGCCCUGGAUCUUCAAUUUGUCGCUCUAUCCUCAAUGAGGCAAUUCUCGCCGGAGAAGAGACCUUCUCCUUCAGCAUCAGCAGUUUCAACCCUGCACCCGAGCGAUUGAAAAAGUUCCUCUACAGCUCAAUCCCGGAUACUGAAACCCUGGAAGAGCUUCCCAUCUCAAAUGUUGAAACCCUGCCUGAGAAGCUUCUGGCGUCAUGUUUUUGA